GUGGUGGUCUGUGAUGGCAGCGGGCGUGCCUCUGACAUCAUUUCAUUUGCACACAAGUACUCGGAGGAUGGAGGGGUGAUCAGUGACAGUGCAAAGGACCAACUGCUAGUGACCAUUCAGAAGACAUUCAACUACAACCGCACCCAGGCCCAGCAGAUCUUCCUCAUGAUUGCUGAAUGCAUGAAAAAGAGGGAACUUAUAACAGUUUUCCGCACGGGUUCAGAGGGUCAGCAGGACAUCGAAAUGUCCAUACUCACAGCUUUACUCAAAGGCACCAAUGCAUCAGCCGCCGACCAGCUGAGCCUUGCACUGGCUUGGAACAGAGUGGACAUUGCCCGCAGUCAGAUCUUCGUCUAUGGACACCACUGGCCUCCUGCCAGCGCCCUGUCUGCCACCACUGUUGCCCCUCCACCUCCAGAGGCCAGGAGGAGUUCCGCGGCAGGUCUUCGUGGCAGCAAGGGCAAGGCCAGGGGCAAGAGGGGUCGGGGGAGGAAGGCCAAACCUGAGCCACCAGAAGAGACCGACCCUCGCAAACUGGAACUGCUAAACUGGGUCAACUCCUUGGAGCAGGCCAUGAUGGACGCACUGGUGCUGGACCGAGUGGACUUUGUCAAGCUGCUCAUAGAGAACGGGGUCAACAUCCACCACUUCCUUACCAUACCCCGGCUUGAAGAGCUUUACAACACGAAACUAGGGCCGGCUAACACGCUGCAUUUUGUAGUCAGGGAUGUUAAAAAGGGAAAUCUCCCACCAGAUUAUCAGAUCACCCUGAUAGACAUAGGACUGGUGCUGGAGUUUCUCAUGGGUGGAGCUUAUCGCUGUAACUACACCAGGAAGAGCUUCCGAACACUUUACAACAAUUUGUACGGACUGAAACGGCCCAAAGCAUUAAAACUCUUGGGAAUGGAGGAUGAUGAGCCACGUCCAAAAGGAAAGAAGAAAAUAAAGAAGAGGGAAGAGGAAAUCGAUAUUGAUAUAGAUGACCCUGAGGUCAGUCGUUUCCAGUACCCUUUCCACGAGCUCAUGAUGUGGGCCGUGCUGAUGAAGCGUCAGAAGAUGGCCCUCUUCCUCUGGCAGAGGGGGGAGGAGGCAAUGGCCAAGGCCCUGGUGGCCUGCAAGCUCUACAAGGCCAUGGCCCAUGAGUCCUCUCGCAGUGAGCUGGUGGAUGACAUCUCCCAAGACCUCGACAACCACUCAAAGGAGUUUGGGCAGUUGGCCUAUGACCUGCUGGAGCAGUCCUACAAGCAUGACGAGCAGGUGGCCAUGAAGCUGCUCACAUAUGAGCUGAAGAACUGGAGCAACUCCACCUGUCUGAAACUGGCAGUGGCAGCCAAACAUCGUGACUUCAUUGCUCACACGUGCAGUCAGAUGCUGCUCACUGAUAUGUGGAUGGGCUGCCUUAGGUUUGGCAAAAACCCUGGCCUUAAGGCGAUUCUUGGCAUCAUUUUUCCACCUAUGAUUCUCUUCUUGGACUUUCGUAUCGGAGAGGACAGCUCUUCUCAAGUCACAGCAAACACAGAGGAGGGGAAAGAUAAGGAAGAUGACAACAGAUCCAGCAAGGACGGAAAUGUUGACACGGUAUCUAGGAAAGAGGAUGAGGAGGAAGGUGACAGCAAGCAUAAGAGAAUUCCCAUUGGUUUGAAGAUUUAUGAGUUCUACAAUGCUCCUUUCACCAAGUUCUGGUUCAACACAAUUUCCUACCUUUUGUACUUGAUGCUGUACAACUACAUCAUCCUGGUCAAGAUGGAGCGCUGGCCUUCCUUACAGGAGUGGAUCGUCAUCUCCUACAUCAUCACCCUGGGACUGGAGAAGGUCCGACAGAUCCUCAUGUCAGAACCCGGCAAACUGAGGCUGAAGAUCAACGUGUGGCUAGAGGAGUACUGGAACAUCACAGACCUGGUGGCCAUCUCUACCUUUCUGUUGGGCUUGCUGCUCCGGCUGCAGAAUGAACCUUACAUGGGAUACGGCCGGGUCAUUUACUGUGUGGACAUCAUCUUCUGGUACAUCCGAGUGCUGGACAUCUUUGGCGUCAACAAGUAUCUGGGGCCAUACGUCAUGAUGAUUGGUAAAAUGAUGAUCGACAUGUUGUACUUUGUGGUCAUCAUGCUGGUGGUGCUCAUGAGCUUUGGUGUGGCGAGACAGGCCAUCCUGCACCCUGACGAGGAGCUCACCUGGCGUCUUGCACGCAACAUCUUCUACAUGCCCUACUGGAUGAUCUACGGAGAGGUGUUUGCGGACUCCAUAGAUCCUCCAUGUGGUGAAAACAUGUAUGAUGAAGAUGGGAAAAAACUCCCUCCCUGCAUUCCUGGUGCCUGGCUCACUCCCGCCAUCAUGGCCUGCUACUUACUGGUCGCUAAUAUUCUUCUUGUGAAUUUACUCAUCGCUGUCUUCAACAACACCUUCUUCGAAGUGAAGUCCAUAUCCAAUCAGAUAUGGAAGUUUCAGCGAUACCAGCUUAUCAUGACUUUCAACGACCGGCCUGUGCUUCCUCCACCCCUCAUCAUCCUCAGCCACAUCUACAUUCUUCUCAAGCACAUUUGCUGUCGUUGCAGAAGAAAACAAGAAGGGGAACUGGAUGAAAGGGAUCGAGGACUAAAACUUGUCCUGAACGCAGAAGAGUUAAAGAAUCUGUAUGAGUUUGAAGAGCAGUGUCUAGAGGAGUAUUUUCGGGAGAAGGAGGACGAACAACAGUCAUCUAAUGACGAGCGCAUCAGGGUGACAUCUGAAAGGGUUGAGAACAUGGCAAUGCGCUUGGAGGAGGUCAAUGAGCGGGAACACUCCAUGAAGGCAUCCCUGCAGACUGUGGACCUGCGCUUGGCCCAGCUGGAGGAGUUCUCCGGCCGGAUGAUGAAUGCGCUGGAGAAGUUGGCGGGCUUGGAAAAGUCGGAGUUGAUCCCCAUACGCACUGGGAUUUCUUCUGCAUGUGAGCCACCCAGCUUGCUGCGACACAGCAGCAUCAACAGUGCUGAUGGCUACAGCCUGUACCGCUACCACCUGGAAGCUGACGACCGUGCCCAGGAGGAGCGGGAGAGAGAAAGUAGUGAGAGGAGGAGUCUUCUGGCCCCAGAGCGACAGAGCAGUCUCCACCAGACAUCUAGCUCAGCUUCCAUCUGUCCCAGGGAGUAUGGGCAGACCCUGGAGGUCAUCAUGCCAACAGAGAGAAAGCGGCCCACCUCUUGUGUGGAUAUUUUGAUCUCCCCAUGUGACCAGGAGGGUGAUGGCCCCUCUGUACACACACGCACACUAAAGUUCACUGAGCGCGUCGAGCCAACAGUGGACACCAUGAUUACCAAGGCAGGCUUAAAGAAAAAGGCAAAACUGGAGGCAACUGUGUCCUACCCUCUUGAGAGGUCCAAAUCCCUGCGGUAUUACCCCUCUGAGUCCAUCAGCGAGUCACCUUCUUCAGUUAUGAAGGCCACCAGCAGCAUCAUCUUCACGCCAGCUGAGGGAGCAGAUGAAGCCAGCUGGGCCAGGGACUACAGCACCUUCAUGGAGCAGGUGACAAAAUCCAUGUCGUCAGGCCGCUGGACAGGUUGCUUCGAAUACAAGGUGCAUCCCAGCGUCUUUGGUCGCAUACCUAAAGUGUCUGUGGUUCGAGGCCCUGGGAUGGUGGAGGCAGCCAAGGAGAAAAUGCUGAUGGCAGGCCCAUACUCAGUCGAGGACCAGCCCAAAACAAGGGGUAAAGAACCACAAGUGAAAAAGGACACUGACCACUUGUUUGUGGCAGAGGACAGAGUAUACCCAUCUCUCAGGUCAAAAAGUCUGAAUGCCAAUCCCAGGAAGAUGAAAGCUGUGGAAGACAACAUGGAGAAGCCCAAAGCAGCCAGCAGUGUGAGAAACAUUUUGGGGGCAUGUGACAACUUGAGCGAUGAACAAGCAGCAGCUGCAUGGAAGCCUGAGGCCACAGAUACUGCGACGGCUGAAACCGACUGCUGACGGUAGGUAUGGAGGUCCACAGCAUGUGACCCAAAUUCAGUUCUUUUAAAAUAAAAGUCGA